AUGAGUCCUACACAAUUCCGUGCAAAGAAAGAAAUCACCUCUACCAACAAUAACAUUAAUGGAUUGUUGCCACCACCUUUAAAAAUCAACAAGGAUUCUCAUCUCAUCAAGAAAUCAUCUUCAUCGUCGUCAUCAUUACCAUCAUCGUCUUCAUCAUCAUCAUCAACAUCAACAUCAUCCUCACUUGGCAAUAACGGGAUGGCACCGGCAGUGCCAGCCUCAUCGAAUAAGCCACCGCAGCGCCAUCCGGUGAUAAUCUACACACAUUCUCCAAAGGUUAUCCAUACUCACCCAAGGGACUUCAUGGCAUUGGUGCAAAAGCUCACUGGGCUCACGCGCUCAGAGGACGGCGGCAACAACAACAAUAACUCGCCGGCACAACAACAACCAAAGCAAGAGCCAGGGAGCCGCGUCGCGGCGGUGGUAGGGGACAAGGAGAGCGACCACAAGAAUGUGGUUGUUGUUAGAAACGAGGACAAUGAGACAUCAUCGGUGAUCACCGAGGAGAAUAACUGUAGUAGCUGCAGCAAUGGUGAAAAUCAGGUUAACUCGUGUUUGGUGGUGGCGGAGCCACCGAUGAUGGAGCCACAGUUGAACCCUUACAUGACAAACUUGCCAGUGGGGGAGUUCAUGUGCUCGAGCCAGCCAUUGUUGAACUAUGCGGAUUCAUUGUUCUUCUCUCAUAACAUGAGGACUUCUAUUCCAUCAUCAGCCACCUUGGAAGGGAUGAAAGAUUUCCGUCAAUAUUGA